AUGACGUCUGUGGAAACAACUGAUGUGCUUGUUUGCGGCUGUGGGCCCACAGGGGUCAUGUUGUCAGUGUUACUUGGACGGCACGGUGUUCAGAAUAUUGUGCUGGAACGCGACCUUGAAGUGAACGUCGAUCCCCGUGGAAUCGCUCUGGACGAGGACGGCGUGCGUUAUCUGCAAGCUUGUGGGAUAUAUGAUAAAGUAUUUUCUGAGAUUGGCCAAUGUGUGGGAAACUUUCGGUUCGUUGGCGGCGUUCAUAACAAUCUUCAUAGGAAACCGUUCAUGGUAAUGAACUACAACACCACUGAAGGGGGUACUGGACAUCCAGGCUUUAUUUGUCACAAACAACCGGUUAUUGAGACCAAUUUACGGUCACGUCUGGUAGCCGAGCCCACUUCAGAUCUCCGUCUCGGCUCAACCGUCACCUCAAUCCGCGAAGAUGAGCAAUGGGUUUUCGUAACAUACCAAGACGCGGCUGGCCAAGAAAAGCACAUUCGCAGCCGUUUCGUGGUUGGUGCUGAUGGGAAAACGGGUUUCGUGCGGAAGAAGUAUCUGGAGCCGAGAGGAAUUCGUCUAGAAACCGUCUCUCAGAUGCCUUACGAGGAGACCUGGGUCGCGCUGAAUUGGAGAAUAUCGUUACCCACUCCAAAAACGCAUCCCAGAUUCCCGCUUUGGGAGAAAGGAUACACACCCGAGCAGGUCUACGAUGCCUUCUUCCCUUCGGAGUUUCGGUUUUUGUGUAAUCCAAACCGCCCUGCUGUAUGCGGUCGAUUUGGAACAAGUGAGGAUCGGCUCUGGCGUUUCGAAUUCGUAAUUCGCCCGGAUGAGGAUGGCCACACAAUGGCAAGCCCACAGAAGAUCCGCGAAGUGGUAUUCCCUUAUAUCACGCAUCCGGGAAGCACCUACGGGCUCGAUAUCAGUGCGAUACAUUACCCAGAUGACUGUAUUGAAGUGCUUCGCUCACGGCCAUUCAAGUUUUCGGCCCGAAGCUGUAACAGAUGGUCCCAGGAUCGGGUGAUUCUAUGUGGAGAUGCCGCGCAUGUAUUUCCGCCAUUUGGAGGCCAAGGAAUAGCAUCUGGCUUUCGAGAUGCUAUCGGGCUCGCCUGGAGACUUGCCAUCGCUACACGUCAACCCUCCUCCACGGAGACCGCCAAUUAUCAUAAGUUGUUGGAAGGGUGGUACACCGAACGAAAGCAACAACUGGAUAGGUCUCUAGCAUCGACUGUGGAGAAUGGCAGCUAUGUAACGGAAGGGAACUGGUUUAAGAUAUUCGUCAGAGAUUGGUAUCUUUGGCUUAUACAGCUUGUUCCCAGCUGGAAGCAUCAAUUGGAGCAGGGCAACCGCCGAGAUGGGAUGGUGAGAUACUCCUAUCAGCCCAAUAAAGGCAUGGCAUUCUUGGCACAUCUUGGGGGCGGGAUCAACUUUCCCCAGGUCUACUGUACCAAGCUCAGUCGCAACGAUGCUGCAGACCCUAUCCAAUUCACGGAUGACAUCAUUUUUGAGAAAAAGAAGAAAGGCCUGUUCCAGCUUGUGGUGUUAUUGAAAUCUGCAGACGAGGUUACUGACGCCCACGAGAUCUUAAGAUCUCAGGAUGCCAACUCGCCCGGGUUACUUCACAUAGACGAGGCUACCUUCAUUAUCAAUACCACGCGAACCUAUUCUAACCAAGGUUUUAGAGAUAAGACAGUGCUUCAUCGAUUGGUAACUGGUGAAGAGUUUGCGGCAGACACAUCUCUCUGCAAGGGCCGACCAAAACCUCAAUAUUACGAUCCCUACAGAAUGUCUAGAGAAGUGUCUGGGAAACCAUUUGUGAUUCUGAGGCCCGAUCGUUUUGUAUUUGCAGCUUGCUCGACAAAGGCAGAGUUGAGAGAGGCUCUUGCAGCUUUGGACUUGUUAAGUAUGGGAAACCUAUAA